UAUGUUGGAAAGAAAAACGGUAAAUGCUGUGCGCUUUCAGUCGGCUCUAUCACCGUGCAAGGAUCCUAUUUUCAACUCAAAGGAACAAGAAGAUGACUUUACCAGCUUCCAAGAACGCACUGAGCUUUGCAAAGCUAGCUGCUCUGGGCCUAAUAUGCUCUGUUCUUGUAUUCAUUCUGUAUUUUGAGCCUCCAUCUCCUGGUUGCCCAUACUCAUCUACAUUAGCUGAUGAGGGAAAUGAUGAAGGUGCAGCUCCAGAUGAAAAGCCCAUAGUCCUGCUGUGGUUCUGGCCUCUAGGUGUGAGGGUUGAUUUUAAAAUUUGCUCUACCUACUUCAAAGUUGACAGCUGUGUUCUGACAGAUGACAGAGCCCUCUACAACAAAGCAGAUGGAGUCAUUUUCUUUCAUAAAGACAUAGAUUGGCAUCUGCGAAAUUUGCCACAGGAUCCACGCCCAGCUUUUCAGAAGUGGAUUUGGUUCCAUGUGGAAUCCCCGACGAACACGCUGAAGAUACCAGGUCUGGAAAACCGGUUCAAUUUAACACUGAGCUACAGAAGAGAUGCCGACAUCACGGUGAGGAAUGAGCUCACUCUCAAGGAAACAGAAGAUGACUUUGUUUUGCCCAAGAAAGACAAACUGGUAUGUUGGAUUGUGAGUAACAAAGACCCAGGCACUGGAACAUCUGUGAGAGACAAGUAUUAUAGCGAACUGUCCAAACACAUCAAGGUCCACAUUUUUGGUAAAGCCUAUGGGCAGUUUUUAAGAUAUGAAGACUAUUACUCAACCCUUGCUAGCUGUAAGUUUUACCUCUCAUUUGAGAACUCAAUCCACAGAGACUACAUCACAGAGAAGGUUAACGGACCCCUUGUGGCAGGGACAGUGCCUGUGGUUUUGGGUCCACCAAGAGAAAACUAUGAACAGUUCCUUCCCUCCGAGGCCUUCAUUCACAUUAAUGAUUUUCCUGACGCAAAGUCACUGGCAGACUUUUUGCUCAACUUGGACAAGAACGAUGAGGCGUACAUGCGUUACUUUGACUGGAGGAAAUUCUACACAGCCACUCCUCAUCUUCUGUCAACCAGCAACGAAUUCAUUCAUCCAGUCUGCCUCGCCUGUGACCACAUGUCAAGAGAUAAGGACUUCCACGUAGUUCAUGAUCUUUACAAGUGGUACUUUUCUGAAUGAGGACAUCCUGUGAUAGUGGCUCAUGCAUUCACAGACUGCUACAGCUGAAGGAAACGCUGAACUUGACUCUGAAUAUUCCAUCAUGUAAGGUUAUGUGUUACAAUGUGUUAUAACAUGUUUAUUAGCUUCAGAGGUACUGGUUAGUGUAUUUUGUUGCUAGGCAAAUAUGAGAUUGGUGGAUUUUUUUUCAAACUUUUCCUUUAACUGGAAUAUUAAGACAUUUUGCCCGUUUAAAACUGCUUUUUAUGAUCAGGCAAAGAGUUAUUCUGGUAACAAACAAAAAAAACAGAAAAGUUAAACUUGAAUCUGAAUAUCCCAUCAUGUAAGUUUUUUUUUUUACAUUAUUUGUUAUAACAUGUUUAUUAAUCAGCUUCAGAGGUCUGGUUAGUGUAUUUUGUUGCCAGACUAGCUCUUGCCCUACUUCUGUUCUUUAGGCUAAGCAUUGCAAUAGUUGAUUCUGUAGGUGAUAAAUGCAUGCAUUAUUGUCUCCGUGUUGACUUGAGAGAGAAAAGGUCCCACUCUGGCAAUGUUCUUGAGGUCUUGAGAUAAAUAGUUAACCUUUGAUAAGUGAUAACAGUGCCACAUAAAAAGUCAAUAAAGUACUCGGCCAAUAAAAUUUCCGGCCAUUUCCAGUAGCCAUUUUGUCAAACGUUAACCUUAGAUAACUGAUAAUUGUGUCACAAAAAGUAAAAAAAACAAACAGUUUUAGCUUAAUAAGGGGUUCAAAGGUAAGAUCAGAGUCAAUAAAAUAACUUUCUCCUCACAUAAAAGCAAAUGUUCUGGGGUGUUUUGAUUCGUUGGCUGAAAUUGACGUACGUUCAAUCUAAUAGUGUCUAUUUUGUUUCUGAA